UUAUGACAACUCAUUUCAGUAUUCAUUGGUACAAUCAUAACUGUCAAAUUUUUAGUUGAAUUUUACCCCAUUUACGAACAAUAUGGAGCAAAACAUUGCCCUCAUGUCUGCGUCAUCAUCGCGCAAAAGACACUCCAUCGCAGACCGUUCCGGAUCUAAUGAAGAAAAAGAAGACACUGUGCCGCGUAAGAGAUGCAGACAGCCAUCAUCAGAUCCUUUUUCAACUUUGCCCAACGAGGUGAUGAUCAAGAUAUUCUCGUAUUUGACACACGAGGAGCUAUACAAAACUGCAAGGUGCGUCUGCACAAGGUGGUACGUUCUAGCCUCGGCGCCAGUUUUGUGGAAGACGAUCACCGCUCAGCAAAACGUGCCUUCUAACGUUCUGUUAAAGUGGUUGGAACAUUCGCCGUUGCUGCAGGAGCUGAAUCUGACAGGCCGAGAUGAUGUAGACGUAGUCACCGGCAAGGUAUCGAGACACUGCAGGAAGUUAGAAUCGUUAAAAAUCGAAAACACCGGUCCCUGCAAACUAUUGAGAAGCAGCAACUUGUGUCGCUUAUUGACGAAAUGCAAGCAGUUGAACAACUUGCAUUUCAGUGGCGUGAAAAUCCUGUCGUGUAAAUUUUUCAAGCUGUUCUCUCGCCGCAAGCACUCCGGAAUGAAGAGAUGCAGUUAUCACGGGCCUGUGAGUCAAAAGCAGAUGAAAGCUUUGAUAGAAUCGAUCAUCAAUAGCGAUAAUUUCGAGGCUGCAACUCUGGUCACAGCGGAUAACAGAAAAAUCCCGAUAAAAACCCAAUCGAAUCGCGAAUUUGUGAACGUUCCUGUAACCGUCGAAAAUAUCUGGCAAGACGUCACCAGCAACAGCGUUAAUGACUUCACCGAUGUUGACGACGCUGAUUACGAAGCUGAUUUAGAUGAGUGACGUGUGAUAUACGUCUGUACUGCACCAAUGCAUUUGCACUAGGAAAGCGAAAGCAAGCGACUAAGAAUGCAACUGUGAAACAGUGAUAACAGUCAGACAUCGCACUUCGUGUCUCACAGAUACCGUACAAUCACAAGAACAGCACAUGGUAAAGUAAAAAGUACAAAGCUUCGCACUCACCAACAUAACACGUGUGAACCUAGUCUAACGAAGAAGCAACAGUUUAUACUACGCGGUCUUGGACCAUGUUAAGAAGAUGUUGUUAGUGUCUUUGUUAGUGGUAUGGAGCUGCAAGAGGACAGUCGCAGAAGGUUCAGCAGAUCAAGUUCUGCAUACCUACAACUCAUCGGAUCUUUCUUAUCUCUCUAAUGGCAUCCAGUUUCCGGUGUCGGACGCGGAAGUCGUGUCACUUUUAGAGCACGCCAACGACAACGUCACCCAGCAGCAGUGGUUCGCAGGGCUGUACGACCAUCACAAAUGGAAAGUGGGCUUAGAUCGGGUCGACGAGGUGGACGGAGUCGGCUGCAAUAGGGAUAUGAGGACGUAUUUGGAGGAGUUGAGGAACGGAACGAUGUGGGCUGUCAAAAUGUUCGAUGCAUCAGGGAGGUACCCAGGCCAAUUUUAUUUCGGCAACGACUAUUGGUUGGGCUCCAAAACGCUUUGUGGUGAAUUGACCAAUCCCGCAACGAAUUCAGAAGUACCGCCUUUUCCAGUUCAGUUUUACGUGGCCAAAAUCAGGAUAAACAUCAACGAAGUGGCGACGCCUGUUGUAAGUAAGACGAGACAGCUAAACUUGGGAGAAUGCUUGCCGAGAUCUUGUGGUGUAAACGGAGUGAAAAAAUUGCUCGCGUCUGAUCGGAGUCACGGAGCAGCUGUGACAAUCGUCGGCGUCAGAAAAGUACCAGGGGAGUAUUCGCUGUUGGAAGACUUCAAAGUCCAUCUUGUCGGGGGAGCUACCCUAACAGCUAUAAUAAUAGUAGCAGUUUCAACUUUAGUCGAUGUAGUUCGUCUCAAAAGGAAGAAAAGGAAAAUAAAAGACGCUGAGACUGAGAGCAACAACAAUUGCAGACAGGGUAAUAUAAAUGUAAAUGGCAGCACUGACAUCAUCCUGAAUUCCCAACGAAAAGGGGAGCAAAAGCAGCAGCACCUUAGCGGCAUUCCUUUCAGAAUCCUGCUUGCCUUCUCGGCAAUAGGCAACAGCAAGAAGAUUCUAGCGCUAGAAAAUGUCUCGUUAGACGCUAUAAAGUGCAUACACGGCCUAAGAUUCAUUUCGAUAGCUUGGAUCAUAUUGGUCCACACCUAUUUAGAGAUAUUUGCUAUAGCUGACAACAAAAGUAUGAGGCUGAUUACCGAAAGAGAAUUUGCUUACCAGACUAUAGCGAACGCUUCGUUUUCGGUUGAUACUUUCUUUUUCAUCAGUGGAUUGUUAGUAACGCUGACUUACUUCAGAACCGAUUCAAAAAUUGUAAGACCGAAAAAAGAAGAAACGACGUGUCAAUCUUUGCAAUCAAGUACAUCGAGUUUUCUCAUUUUGUUGACCUACAGAAUAUUUCGGUUAACGCCAGCAUAUCUUUUUGUACUAGGUUUGAACGAAAUCAUCAUGAGGUAUCUACACUCUGAGUCAGUCUUCUCGCCAGCCAUUAUAGACCACUUAAGUUGCACAAGUUAUUGGUGGAGAAACAUACUAUACAUCAACAAUUUUUAUCCACAAAAAGAGUUUUGUAUGCUGUGGUCAUGGUAUAUAGCUAACGAUACUCAGUUCUAUAUUAUAACGUCAUUUCUUUUAGUCAUUGCAGUCAGAGGACCAAGCCAUUUGAAAUUUGCCAGUAUAGCUUGUGGAACUCUUAUGUUAACCUCUUGGAUCACAACGUUUGUGAUUGCAAUGAAGUAUGACUACGUUAUUAGAGUAGAAGAACCAUUUGCGUUGUUUGAUCAACUUUACGAUAAGCCAUGGUUGAGAAUUGGACCUUAUCUAGUUGGUAUAUCUAUGGGGUAUUUAUUAUUCAAAAAGGACUGUAAAAUUGCCAUGCCACCAAUCAUUGCUGUGAUAGGAUGGUCUUUAUCGCUGGCCUGUCUUGCCAGUCUAGUUUAUGGAGUUGGCCGAAAAGGCUUAACAACUCCCACGUCUGCCUUUUACGGGAGCUUGGAAAUUAGAGGGUUGAUCUCGUACGCAAUUGUUCUAGGCUGCGCUUGGCCACACAGCCUGGGGCCUGUCCAUGGCGUGGAUCACAGCAGCUUGCAGCAGCGGUUACGGAGGCAUCGUGAACACUUUCCUCAGUUCCAAAUUUCUGCUACCUCUCAGUCGGUUGACUUAUUGCGCUUACCUGGUCCACCCGGUUUUGAUGUGCCUCACCAGUUUCCAAUUAGACGGUCCUUUGCAUCUCCAUAUCAGCAUGGCGGUGGUGAUAUACCUAGGCAACUUGGUGCUAUCGUUUCUGUGUGCUUUCGUCAUCUCGAUAAUGUUCGAGGCGCCUGUUGUCAACCUGUUGAAGAUCGUGUUCGCUUGACGGAGAUCGUUGUAGUCUAAUUCUUAUAAUUUAAAUAAACAUUUAUUUUGUU